AUGGAUACCCUGGAGGAAUUGGUCAUUGCAUACAUGCCGGUACCGGACCGGACGCAGUGCGGGCAAUGGAUAAGCAAAUAUGACUGUGCCAACUUUGGAUUUCCGCCAGACAUUCAGACAUUCUACGUACCUGCUCAGUUCCCACAAGGUAGUGCCGAGACUUUGCGCAACAUCGGAGCGCUCACGACCCCUGUCAGUGAUGUUGUGACAUUCAUAAUAGGAGGCGACCUGAUUCUCGUUACGGCUGUUUCAACCGAUUCUUCUGUGCCAACAGGUGCCAGCGAGAGCAGUGGCUCAGGUUAUAACAACAGUAGCAGUGAAAACACGGGCAACGGCAGCCUGGGUUCCGGCGACGAACAGGCCGCCUCGGACGACACUCCAAAGGACUUUUGGCAUUCACCAGAUGUCGACCAACCCCGUCCUCUUUGGUUCAGUUCUGGCAGUUGCCGGGUUUUGCGUUCAUUCUGUGAGGGAACAGGCGCUGUAUUAUAA